CAGUUAAAAGUGAAACCUAAAAGAUUUGCUUGAUCCAAGAUAUCGACGUCAUCGUGCUUUCCCUUCUCGAAAGUUCUUCCUAUUUAAAUUUCGCUAUUUUAUUCCGUUUGAUUUAGCAUGACGGUGCAACAGCAGUCGACAAAUUGCAUUCAUAUUUUGUUUUAUGGUCCAGCGGCUGGGAAUUUAAUGAUUUCAAUUAUACAGCCCUUUGAUAGGCUAAGCUUCCCUAAGUAAGAUUAUUCAUAUUGGCCUAAUACCGAGGGCGGCUUAAUGAAGGCUUGCGUUCUACAUCUCAAACUCAAUUACUCUUUACCCGGCGUGGGUCCCCGGUCAUCGUCCAAAAGAAAGACAAAAAAACAAAACAAAACGUUUUUUUGCCCUGUUUUUCGCUUUAAGUUUAAUUAGUACGAUCUGUCACCUUCGAAUUCAGCUUUAUUUAUUUAUUUAUUUUUUCUGUAAAGGGGAUUCCAACAAUACACGCACAUUGCUUGGCGUUCAUUUGUCCAUGAAAUAAAAAUAAAUGUUGUUUACUUAAUUAAUUAGAGAAGAAUGGCACUCUCCUUUGGGCAAUGUGAACUUUGGGAGAAACUCAAGUUGUAAGGUGCAAAUUAGGCAACACAAAUUGGUGAUGUCAUACACUACUUCGCAAAAGAGCAGAUCACGAGAUCGAAGACAUUUUGAGAAAUUUGUGCGUGAUAUUUUCAAAUUUGACUCAAGAAAUGGUGACCUUCGUCAAAAUGCCAGAUAGCGAAUUCUAUAAUAUAAAUAUGGAAACGUGCUUAGUACUAAACAAGACAUUCCGUUUGGAACCAGAUUUGAGUUGCAAGUAACACAAGCAAUGCCAAUAAUAUUUGUAGUCUCCUAAUCGGCUCAUGGAGAGCGGAGUGCCUUCGUAAAGAUGAAACCUGGAUGUGUCAGGCUACAUUGAAACAGAUCGCACGCUAAAAAUAUAAGGAACACUUCUCCCCUAUCUUUGAAGAUGUUGAAUUUAUUUUUUAGUUGAUUCGAAUAAUUGUAAUUUACGCUCGUAAUGGAAUGAAUUACGACACUAUCACUUGCUUCUACUUCAAGAUACAAACACUCAAAAACCUCUAAAAAACGCAUAUUCAGAAAAGAAAAGCUAUUCUAUUUUAUGUUCUAAAGCCUAUUUCAAAACAACAAAUACUUUUUACUUCAAUGAACUGGAAUCCAUCCAAACUUUUGCGUGUCUCGGGCGCUUCAGCCGAUAGCUUGGUUCACGCUCAAAUUCGCUAUCAUUAUCGGCUAUUCGAAAAACCGUGGGAAGAUCGUCAGAUCUCGAUGUCUUGAGAAAUUUUACCUUUGAAAAUUCGACCGUAUACAAACAAUGACGGGAGGUCCCGUUUAUUUAAUUUCCACAUUGUGUUGUAAAUCGUUUUUGAAAGGCCUUAAUGGCUCUACCUCUCAUUCGAAACACAUUUAAAUGCAAAUCACCCUUAAAGAGGAACUUUCAAUUUUUUCGGAGGAACAUCGUAACUAGGACAACAAUUAGUUGGAUUCAAAUUCUGGCUUCAGACAUGUGGUGAAGGUGUCCGGAUAUUCAGCUUUCAUAAUUUUGCUCGUGACCGAGAGAGUGUGCUUAAGAUGGGAUGGUCCGCGUUCUUGAUCCAGUUGUAAAGCAUAUAGCAUACUGAAAAACAGCAUGGCGAUGCCUUCAUCGUUUCUCAUGUUCAUCUUUCUUGCCGCGGUCUUAUCGUGUUUUGUGAAGGCAGGAGCCAAAACGUUUCCUCGACGGACUGCCUAUGAAGAUGGUACAAUCAUGUUAGGGGGACUGUUUGAUCUUCAUCAUAACGCGGGAGAAAACAACAGCUGCGGCAAUCUCCUUGCCGCAAACUUGGGUUCUGUUCAAGCAAUGAUAUUUGCCAUCGAAAGAAUCAACGACAAUAAGAGAUUCUUGCCAAAUGUGACAAUUGGUUAUGAAAUAUUGGAUUACUGUCUCCAGCCGGCGAUAGCCGUUGAGACGUCUUAUGAGUUAGUAGUGAAAAGUGAUCACCGAUUUUCACUCCAAAAUUGUACAGGCAAAAACGCAGGCAAGGAAAUAGCAGGCGUGAUUGGGCCAAUGGAUUCUGCCAGUGCUAUCAUGGUCUCAAGUUUGUUUGAAAUCGCGCACAUUCCGUCCAUAAGCUCCUUAGCGACAAGCGUGGAACUGAGUUCUACGCUUUACAAUCAUUUUUAUCGCACAGUUUCACCUGAUAGUUGGCGCGCCAGUUUACUUGCAGACAUAGCGCAGUUCUUCAACUGGACUUAUGUUGCCGCAAUAGCGCUUGACGACUCCUUCGGCCGAUAUGGGGUCUGGGGAAUAGAGAAAGAAUCAAACUCGAGAGAAAACCUUUGUAUUGCCUUGACAAGGUUUGUCCCCCGAGUGGAUCCAUUUGAUCAGGUUGAGAAAAUCGUGCUUGAACUCAAGAAAAUGGAAAAUGUUAAGGUGGUGCUCGUUUGGCUUUAUGGACGAUACGCGCAGUCUUUCAUGAAUGAGGUAGUAAGACAAGGUGUUAAAGGAAAAACAUGGAUAUUUACUGACGGAACAACACCAACAGAUCCCUUUUUCGAGGAUGAUCGCUUCGCUGGUUUACUUAAUGGAUCAUUUGGUAUUUUGCACAGGGCUGCGAGAAGUGAAGAAUACCAAAAAUAUCUGGUGAAUCUCGCUAAAAGGAACUUUUCAGGCAGCACUUAUCUGUGGUGGCAAGAAUACUGGGAUAACCCAAGAGAUAAAAACAUUUCUGGUGGUUCAUUAGAAGAGUAUUUUUCUGAUGAGAAUCCAUUCAUAAGCAGUCCAUACGUUUCAUACACUAUUGAUGGGGUGGACGCCUUCGCCCACGCCCUACACAAUAUGUACAACUGUAGGGAGCCACAUGGUCUCUUGGAGGGCGGAGAAUGCCCUUCAAUUCAAGAUCUGAAAGUGAUGGGGGAAAACCUUAACGUUUACUUGAGGAAUGUGAGUUUCCAAGGUUUGACAGGGACAGUACAAUUUGACCAACAUGGAGACCCAUUGGAAGCUUCUUACGAUAUUGUGAACUUCAAGAGCCAAAUUGGCAAAGGUCUCGAGCGCGUCCUUGUUGGUUGGUGGACAAGAAGAAGCAAUUCUAAACUUAGAUUGAACUUAACGAAGAUAACCUGGAACAAUCAAAAUGGAUUCGGCGGCAUCCCUUUAUCAGUCUGCUCCAAAGAUUGUAAGCCGGGGGAAAGAAAAGUCACAAGAUCGUCUUGUUGCUGGGAGUGCGUUGACUGCCCAAUUGGUACCAUAAGUUCCGAUGGUAUUUCUUCUAACUGUUCCGAAUGUUCCGAGAGAGAGAAACCCAACGAGGAGAGGACAAAAUGCUUGGAUCUUCCACUGAACAACUUAAAAUGGAGCGAUCUCUCAGCCAUCGCAGUGACAUGUACAACAGCACUUGGUCUGGGUUUGACCUUCCUAUGCUUUGCCAUUUUCAUCAAGCAUCGCAAUACACCGAUAGUAAAAGCUUCGAAUAAGGAACUUAGCUUUCUUUUGCUAUUUGUAGUGGUGUUGUUUUUCGCCUUUGCUUUACUAAACUUGUUAAGCCCUACAGACAUCUUGUGUCGUGUUACCUGCAUCUGGCGCGACACUGUGUACACUUUAUGCGUCUCCAUACUUCUUUUGAAGUCAAUGAAAAUCGUGAAAGCUUUUCGGCUUCAGGGUAAGUUACCCGACAGCCUGACUUCCAGACCAAAGAAACGGAAAAACUUCUGUCUCACAGGACAGAGACUUCAUUUACUUAUAAUAUCGUCCAUACAGGUGAUGCUGAAUUUGAUUUGGAUUUUUGUGGACCCACCCUCCAAAGAAACCAUUGUCCGUCCUCUUCAAUAUAUUUUCGCGGUUUGUAAGCCUUUCAGAUCCGUUUCUGGUCAUGUACUUUUAAUCAUUAGUGUAGCAUUUCUAAUGAUCCUUUCACUUGCGUGCAUCUAUUAUGCUUUCAAAGGUAGAAAAAUUCCCGAGAAUUUCAACGAGGCGAGAUAUAUUGGUUUUGCAAUGUACAUUUUACUGUUGUGCUCCGCUGCGUAUUACCCUGUGGUUUUUGGCUUGGAGGGAUGGUAUGUAGGCGUUAUUGGCGGAGUAACCACUCUCGUUAGCUCAUUCGCUCUGUUAGGUUGCAUGUUCGGGCCUAAAGUGUACGUAAUUAUAUUUAGUCCUGAGCAGAACACACGCGAGGCGAUUAGCACGGAGAUUGCUAAGUAUUCAUUGUCUUCCACGGUAGCAGGAGGGGGAGCGGUAGCCAGAGUAGCCCCAGUCCCUUCAUCGCAGUCUUCACUUUGAACUAACGACAACAAUGGCUGCCGCGCUUAUCUUAAAGCUCUGGAAUGACUUCGUUCGGAUUAAAAAGAAAAAAAAAACGCGAGUAUUAGAAAGGUCGUCUAUUCUGAGAGUUUUUCUUCUCCGUUAAGAAAAAUUUCUAAGUAAAAGCUUCUGCUGAGAGUGUGAUCCAUUAUUUAACUAGGGUUGCCUAACGCCGACGUGAACUUUGUUUAUUAGCUCCCUAUUCAUAAUUUCCUCUGUAAGAAGAAGCAUUCGUGGGUAAGUCUCAAGAGGUAAGCCUGUAGAGCUAGCCUUGGUUGUAUCUUUGCCGUUCAAAAUAAAUAAGUCAAACUUAAA